CUUCAGUUCCUCUUCGAUUCGUCCCUUUCUUCCAAACCCUAGCAGCAAGGGAUGGCAACGGCUUCGUACGUCUACCUCGCCUCUCUUUUCGCCCUCCUGGCUCGUGCGGCGGCGCGUAUUCCUGGAGUGUACUCCGGUGGUCAGUGGCAGGGCGCUCACGCCACCUUCUACGGUGGCAGCGACGCCUCCGGCACUAUGGGCGGCGCGUGCGGGUACGGUAAUCUGUACAGCCAGGGAUAUGGAGUGGAGAAUGCGGCGCUGAGCACGGCGCUGUUCAACGACGGUGAGAGCUGCGGAUCGUGCUUCGAGAUCAAGUGCGCCGACGAUCCGCAGUGGUGCCACAGCGGUAGUCCUUCCAUUUUCAUCACGGCCACCAACUUUUGCCCACCCAACUAUGCACUCCCCUCCGACAAUGGCGGGUGGUGUAACCCGCCGCGACCCCAUUUUGACCUAGCGAUGCCGAUGUUCCUUAAGAUUGCUGAGUACCGCGCAGGCAUAGUCCCGGUAUCCUACCGCAGGGUGCCGUGCAAAAGGUCGGGCGGCAUCCGCUUCACCAUCAACGGCUUCAAGUACUUUAACCUUGUACUAAUCACCAACGUGGCCGGAGCCGGCAACAUCGUCCGCGCCAGCGUGAAGGGGUCCAGCACCGGGUGGAUGCUCAUGUCCCGCAAUUGGGGUCAGAACUGGCAGUCCAACGCCAUCCUCGUUGGCCAGUCGCUCUCCUUCCGUGUCACCAGCAGCGACCGCCGCACCUCCACCUCCUGGAACAUCGUCCCCUCCAACUGGCAGUUCGGCCAGACCUUCGAGGGCAAGAACUUCCGCACCUGAUCCACAGAAUUCCAUUCCUAAAAUCCGCUUCCCUUUUAUCAGCAGCAGUAUUAGUACAGCAGGAGAUUAGAGUGUCGUGUCAUUAGCGCCAAGGUUUUUGAAUUUGGUGUUUUUGUUUGUGUUAUGAUAUUGUUGGUAGUAGCGAAAGGUAAAGGCAGAAGAGAGAGAUGCGAGUUGAGAAGUGUGUCGGUGUGUGACAGUGACUGGUUUCAUUUUGACUCUGGUGGUGGUGAGUUUUCUAGGUAGUAGUAGAGGAGACAGUGUGUGGAGUAUAGACUAUAGACCAUAGCUUGUUACUUGUAGCAGCCGAGGCUGAAGUGGCUGCACGCUAUAAUGGAAAGUGAUGUAGCCCGCAGUUGCUGCAAUUCCGUAUCAUCAAAUAGUAUUAUAGUAUAUGUCUUCCGACCAAAGAAAAGUAUGUUGUUUUGCGGUGUGAGAA